GCGCGGAGCGGAGCCGGCGGCAGCGGGACGGAGCCACAUGGCGGCCCCGGAGCGACGGGCCUUCGCCCAGCGCAUCAACCGGACGGUGGCUGCCGAGGUGCGGAAGCAGGUGUCUCGGGAGCACGGCGGGUCCCCCCAGCUCUCCAAGAAGCGCAGCGGGUCCCAGCAGAUGGUGCCGCUGACGGAGGUGGUGGAGCCGGUGGACUUUGAGGAGUACCUGGCUGCCCACCCCCCCGAGCUGGAGCCUGGCCCACUCCGUGACCUGGUCGAGUUCCCUGCUGACGAUGUGGAGGUGGUCCGGGAGCCACGGGAAUGCCGCACGCUGGAACCGGGGGUGCCCGACGAGGGGAAGCUGGAUGCCCGGGUGCGGGACACGGUGCAGGUCUACACGGAGGACUGGGUCGUGGUGCGGAGGAAGUACCAGCAGCUCAGCACCAUGUACAGCCCCAACACAGCCGAGCGGCAGCGCCAGAGACGGAGGGGGCUGCCCCGGCAGGUCUUCGAGCUGGACGAGGCCGCGGAGGAGCCGGAGGAGCUGAAGCGCCACUCGGCCUCCCUGGACGACACACCCCGGGGCAGCUGGGCUUCCAGUGUCUUCGACCUGAAGAACUCGGUGGCCGACCCGCUGCUGCCAGGCCUGCUGGAGCACAUGGCCAUGGAGGAGCUCGACCGCUGUAACGAGGAGCUGCGCAAGGAAAACCGGCACCCAGAGCUGCUGGCGCUCUUCCCCGCCCCCGACGAGGACGAGGCGGUGGAGCGCUGCAGCAUACCUGAGAUCCCCCGGGAGCACUUCGGCCAGCGGAUCCUGGUGAAGUGCCUGUCUCUCAAGUUUGAGAUCGAGAUCGAGCCCAUCUUCGGGACGCUCGCCCUGUAUGACAGCAAGGAAAAGAGAAAGAUCUCUGAGAACUUCUACUUCGACCUCAACUCGGAGCAGGUGAAAGGGCUGCUGCGGGCGCCCGGCGGCCACCCCGCCAUCUCCACGCUGGCGCGCUCCGCCAUCUUUUCCAUCACCUACCCCUCCCCUGACAUCUUCCUUGUCAUCAAGCUGGAGAAGGUGCUGCAGCAGGGGGACAUCAACGACUGCUGCGAGCCCUACAUGGUCAUGAAGGAGACAGACGCAGCCAAGAACAAGGAGAAGCUGGAGAAGCUGCGCGGGGCGGCGGAACAGUUCUGCACCCGGCUGGGCCGGUACCGCAUGCCCUUCGCCUGGACAGCCAUCCACCUCCUGAACAUCGUCAGCACCGCCGGGUCCCUGGAGCACGACCCCACCGACGCCGAGAGCGAGCGUCGGGGCACCUGGAACGAGCGCAAGCGGAGGAUGCUGGAGCGCAUGAGCGCUGGGGAGGAGCUGUGCAGCUUCGCCACCUUCCGCCCCGCCACCCUCACCGUCACCAACUUCUUCAAACAGGAGGGCGACCGGCUGAGCGCUGAGGACCUCUACAAGUUCCUGGCGGACAUGAGGCGUCCGACCUCGCUGCUGCGCCGGCUGCGGCCCAUCACAGCUCAGCUCAAGGUGGACAUCUCGCCAGCACCCGAGAGCCCCCACUACUGCCUCACCCCAGAGCUGCUGCACGUCAAGCCCUACCCAGAUCCCCGGGUGCGGCCCACCAAGGAGAUCCUGGAGUUCCCGGCCCGCGAGGUGUAUGUCCCCCACACCACCUACAGGAACCUGCUCUACGUCUACCCACAGAGCCUGAAUUUCAGCAGCCGCCAGGGCUCCAUGCGCAACAUCGCCGUGAAAGUGCAGUUCAUGGCGGGCGAGGACCCCAGCCAGGCCCUGCCGGUGAUAUUCGGCAAGUCCAGCUGCAGUGAGUUUACGAAGGAGGCUUACACUGCCGUGGUGUAUCACAACAGGUGCCCCGAGUUCUACGAGGAGUUCAAGCUGCAGCUCCCGCCCGCCCUGACGGACAAUCACCACCUGCUCUUCACCUUCUCCCACAUCAGCUGCCAGCCAAAGCAGAACGCGCCGCUGGAGACGCCUGUCGGCUACACGUGGGUCCCGCUGUUGCAGCAUGGCCGCCUGCGGACGGGGCCCCUCUGCCUGCCCGUGUCGGUGGAGAAGCCCCCGCCCAGCUACUCCGUGCUCACCCCCGAUGUGCAGCUCCCUGGCAUGAAGUGGGUCGAUAACCACAAAGGGGUGUUUCACGUGGAGCUGCUGGCCGUGUCCUCAGUGCACACGCAGGACCCCGCCCUGGAUAAGUUCUUCACGCUGGGCCACGUGCUGGAGGAGGGGCACUUCCCGGUGCGGCUGCGGGACACCGUGCUGACCGAGGGCAGCGUGGAGGGGGAGCUGCGGGCCAGCGUGGCCGGGCUACGGGGGGCCGGGCUGGGGCCACUGCUCGCCCACUGCCACCGGGUCCUGGACAAGCUGCUGCUGCUCAUCGCCCGCCCGCCCGUCAUCGGGGGCCAGAUCGUCAACCUGGGCCGCGCCGCCUUCGAGGCCAUGGCCAUCAUGGUGAACCAGAUCCACCGGGGCCUGGAGGCCAGCCAGGGCCAGCACGGCCACAACCCGCUGCUGGCCGCCUACGUCCACUUUGCCUUCCGCCUGCCCGCCGAGACGCCACCAGCGGGGAACAAGGCCGGGACGCCGCCCCAGGGGGCUGCCAUCCAAUGUGCCACCCUGUCCCGCGCCACCGGCCGCCCCGCCAGCCUCAGCCUGUCACGCUCCAAGAGUAUCAGCAACAGCAACCCCGACCUGGCCACCGCGCCCGGCUCCCCCGACGACGAGGUCCAGAAUAUCCUGGGCAGCAAAGGGAUCGACCGCUCGCACUCCUGGGUGAACUCGGCCUACGCCCCCGGCGGGCCCAAGGCCGUGCUCCGCCGGAACCCGCCCAGCUCCAGCGCCGACCUCAAACAGCUGCUGCACGAGGAGCUGGCCCUGCAGUGGGUGGUGAGCACCAGCACCGUGCGUGAGGCCGUGAUACGCCAGGCCUGGUUCUUCUUCCGGCUGGUGGGGAAGAGCAUGGCGCUGCACCUGCACCAGGCCGAGAAGCUGGAGGCGCCGCGCCGGCUGCGUUUCCCCAGCCGCUUCGUGGACGACGUCGCUGCCCUGGUGGGCGCCGUCAGCAUCGAGAUCGCCAGCCGCUACCAGAAGGAUGUGGAGCUGGUGGAGCACCUCAACAGCAGCCUGGCCUUCUUCCUCAACGACCUGCUCUCCCUGAUGGACCGCGGCUUCGUCUUCAGCCUCAUUCGCCUCUACUACAAGCAGAUUGGUAACCGGCUGCCGAGUGCCCAGAACCCCCCCGCCCUGGUGGCGCUGCGCGUGGAUUUCCUGCGUAUCGUCUGCAGCCACGAGCACUACGUCAGCCUGAACCUGCCCUGGCACAGCCUCUCGCCGCCUGCCUCCCCCUCGCCCUCCGUGUCCUCCGCCACCUCCCAGGGCUCGGCCUUCUCCAGCCCGGCACAGGACCAGCGGGUGGCCAGCAUGUUCGAGCUGUCCGUGCCCUACCGCCGGCAGCACUUCCUGGCGGGGCUGGUGCUCACGGAGCUGGCGCUCAUCCUGGAGCCGGACGCCGAAGGCGUUUUCUUCCUGCACAAGAAGGUCAUCAGCACUCUGCACAACCUGCUGUGCAGCCACGACGCUGACGCCCGCUACACCACCCCCCCCGUCCGCGCCCACGUGGCCCAGCUCUACCUGCCCCUGCUCAGCAUCGUCCUGGAUGCCCUGCCACAACUCUACGACUUCACCGAGAACCACAGUCAGCGCGGGCGCCUGGUCACCGUGCUGGGGGACGAAGGAGACGGCGACAGCAGCACCAUCAGCCAGUCGGUGGCCAUGGCCAUCGCCGGCUCCCCCCUGCCCCACGCCCACCGGGCCAGCCCCUUCCCGCCGCCGGCAGCCCCCCCCCGCCCGGGCGGCACUCUGUCGGCGGAGGCGAGCCGCACCCUGCUGGCCUGCCUGCUGUGGGUGCUGAAGAACGGGGACACGGGGGCACUGCACAGCUGGUGUGCGGAGCUGCCCCCCCUGCACCUCGGCCGCCUCCUCGACCUGCUCUACCUCUGCGUGGCCUGCUUCGAGUACAAGGGCAGGAAGGCCUUCGAGCGCAUCAGCAGCCUGGCCUUCAAGAGGUCGCUGGACAUGAAGGCGCGGCUGGAGGAGGCGAUUCUGGGCACCGUCGGCGCGCGCCAGGAAAUGGUGCGGCGCAGCAGGGAGCGCAGCCCCCUGGGGGGCCAGGAGAGCGUCCGCUGGAGGAAGAACCUCGCCCACUGGCGCCCAAACUCCGACAAGGUGGACAAGAGCCGGGAGGAGGUGGAGCAGGAGGUGCUGGUGGAGGGGAACCUGGCGACUGAGGCCAACCUGGUGGUGCUGGACACGCUGGAGAUCAUCGUCCAGACGGUGCUGCUGGCGGAGGCCAAGGAGAGCAUGCUGGACGGGGUGCUGCGGGUGCUGCUGCACGGCAUGGCCUGCACGCCCAGCGCCCUCUUCCUGCAGCACUGCUUCGCCUCUCAGAGGGCGCUGGUGAGCAAGUUCCCAGAGAUGCUGUUCGAGGAGGACACGGAGCUCUGUGCCGACCUGUGUCUGCGGCUCCUGGGGCACUGCAGCAGUCGGGUGGCUGCCAUCCGCGCCCACGCCAGCGCCUCGCUCUAUCUGCUCAUGCGCCAGAACUUCGAGAUUGGCCACGUGAGUGCAGCACCGCCAGCCAUGCGGCUGUCUCUGGGGUGGAGUUCAGCAGCCAGGUGGGCUGGCUGGGCCAUGCCGCCGGCCCCUUUGCAGGUGGAAGAGGUGGCGGUUUGUUGGAGACUCCGGGGAUCCCCCCUGCUCCCUGGGCUAGGCCGCCAGGGAAUUCGGGCACAGCCAGCCAGCGGGAUCCCAGGGGCUGUCUGGGCAUCCCCUGCCCUCACCCCCGUGCCAGGAGCCUGGUGCUCUGUGCCCAAGCAGCAGGGGGCGCUGCGGGUUCCUCGGCUCAGCCUCCCCACCGUCCUCCCGCAGAACUUUGCCCGGGUCAAGAUGCAGGUGACCAUGUCUCUGUCCUCACUCGUCGGGACCUCAUCCAACUUCAACGAGGAGCAUCUCCGGCGCUCGCUGAAAACCAUCCUGACCUACGCUGAGGAGGACGCCGGGCUGCGGGACAGCAGCUUCUCUGAGCAGGUGCAGGACCUCGUCUUCAACCUGCACAUGAUCCUCACCGACACUGUCAAGAUGAAGGAACAUCAGGAGGAUCCGGAGAUGCUGAUAGACCUGAUGUACAGGAUCGCCAAGGGCUACCAGAACUCCCCGGACCUGCGGCUGACGUGGCUGCAGAACAUGGCAGCCAAGCACUCGUCGCAGGGGAAUCACGCCGAGGCGGCGCAGUGCAUGGUGCACGCGGCCGCGCUGGUGGCUGAGUACCUGAGCAUGCUGGAGGACUCCCGCCACCUGCCCGUGGGCUGCGUCUCCUUCCAGGGCAUCUCGUCCAACGUGCUGGAGGAGUCGGCCGUCUCGGACGACGUGCUGUCCCCGGACGAGGAGGGGAUCUGCUCCGGGAAGUUCUUCACCGAACUGGGGCUGGUGGGCCUGCUGGAGCAGGCGGCUGCCUUCUUCACCAUGGGCGGGCUGUACGAGGCAGUGAACCAAGUGUACAAGAUCCUUAUCCCCAUCCACGAGGCCAACCGGGACUUCGAGAAGCUGGCGGCUCUGCACGGCAAACUGCAGGACGCCUUCGGCAAGAUCAGCAGCCAGAGCGCUGGCUGGGAGCGCAUGUUCGGGACAUAUUUCCGGGUCGGGUUUUACGGCAGCAAGUUCGGGGACCUGGACGAGCAGGAGUUUGUGUAUAAAGAACCGUCCAUCACCAAGCUGGCCGAGAUCUCCCACCGGCUGGAGGAGUUCUACGCCGAGCGCUUCGGAGACGACCUGGUCGAGAUCAUCAAGGACUCGAACCCCGUGGACAAGGGCAAGCUGGACCCCAACAAGGCCUACAUCCAGCUGACCUAUGUGGAGCCGUUCUUCGACACCUACGAGCUGAAGGAGCGAGUCACCUACUUCGAGAAGAACUACAGCCUGCACACCUUCCUCUUCUGCACACCCUUCACGCAGGACGGGCGGGCGCACGGGGAGCUGCACGAGCAGCACAAGCGCAAGACUCUGCUCACUACCUCGCACGCCUUCCCCUACAUCCGAACCCGCCUGCCCGUCGUCCACAAGGAGGAGAUCAUCCUGACCCCCAUCGAGGUGGCCAUCGAGGACAUGCAGAAGAAGAUGCAGGAAUUGGCCUUCGCCACCCACCAGGACCCAGCUGACGCCAAGAUGCUGCAGAUGGUGCUGCAGGGCUGCGUGGGCACCACCGUCAACCAGGGCCCGCUGGAGGUGGCCCAGGUGUUCCUGGCCGAGAUCCCAGAUGACCCCCGGCUCUACCGACACCACAACAAGCUGCGUCUCUGUUUCAGGGACUUCACCAAACGGUGCGAAGACGCCCUGCGUAAGAACAAGUCACUGAUCGGGCCAGACCAGCGCGAGUAUCACCGGGAGCUGGAACGUAACUACCUGCGUCUCCGGGAGUCGCUGCACCCUCUGCUGAGCCGCCGGAUCCCCCAGCUCUACGCCCCCCUCAUCCCACGCUCCACCCACCGGUGAGCCCCCCAGCUCCCAGCCACAAUACACACAGGACCAGAGAAACUGAGGCAGAGAAGAGCCGGGACUUGCCCAGGGUCACACACGGAAUCCUGUGGCAGAGCCAGGAAUGGGACCCAGGAGUCCUGGCUCUCACCACUCCACUCCACUCCCUUCCCUGAGCUGGGAAUCCAGGACUGGCUUGUUCCAUGGGCUCUUUCCACGGCCAGCAGUUUCCAGGGUCCCCCACCCACUGGGUAGGGCGCGAAUUUGCCGUGUGUUAGUUUCACCCAUUGCAUUAAUUGGAGGGUCCCGUCCCCCUUGAAACUCUGAACGGGUCAAGUUUCCGUAAGCUGGAGGCGCUAGGAGGAGCCAGCGGGAUCCCCGAGGACCUAGGACCAGCUGCGUCCGCUCUUCCAGUCCGGGGCGCGGGGGAGACACCCCUCCCAGCCUCCAGAGUGCCUUGCUGAGCCUCCCAUGUGGAGCCGGCCCAACCAGCCUCCCCCGGGGCCAGGCCCACUCUCAAACCCUGCCCCCUGCGGGGAGACCGCUCGACUCUGUAUGUUUCUUUUCUCACCCAGAGGAGCCCCCCUCUCCCCCAGCUCUGCAAUCUCUUCCCUUGACCCCCUGGCGGGAGGGGGGUCUGGGACAUUUAUUAACCCAGGGGUGGAAGGAGGGGUGCUGGGGGGCUGAGCUGGUUAAAGGGGGGGAACACAGGGGUAGGCUGUUCGAAGUGAGUUGGGGGGCUGGUGUAUUAGCAGUGGGGCAGAUGGUGCCCCCAGCAAAGGGGUGCAGAGACUGGGGGGGACUGCCAGGCAUGGGCCCCUCCACUAGCUCCCACCUCAGUCCCUCCACAUGUGGGCCGGGCAGGGGAUUCCCCAGGCCUGCAGUGUCAGUGCCAACCCCCCACACCCCCCAGCAGCAGCCAGCUGUACACGAGGGAGCCCAAGAGCAUCCGGCUUAGGGCCCUCCUGCCUCCUUCAACUCUGCCAGGGCCCGGGGGGAGCCCAGGCCUUCCCUGUCCCCCUCCAAUCACAGUUGCCCCUGUGCUUUUACCCCCACCCCCACCUUCUUCACUGUCUGAGCCACCAGCGUUAACCCCAAACUGGAAACCCCCCCCCCCAUGCACCCAUUGAAUUUGUCUCCUGCCUUGUUCUGGGCCAGAACAGGGGUACAUGGUCUCCACUCAGCAUCCUGCCCAGCCCCGUCCCGUCCCGUCCCGUGUCUGGCCGGCUGGGGAGAGGCGCUGGCCAGGGGUUUAUUUAUAAAGUGAUUUAACAAUAAAACCAAAACCCUUUGGAUUGUUUGAAUUCCCGGGAGCCGAGUCUGGUUUGUGGGGUCAUGGGGGGCAGAAGGGGGCUGGGCAUACCCCUCCCACCUGCCGGCCCCCAUGCAGCCCCCCAGGAGUGUGGGGCCCCCCUCGGCCGAGCACUGGACAGAGUCCUUACCUGAAGAGCUGACACUCACCAAGGCUUUGGAGGGGAAACUGAGGCCUCCCCCCACCGCCCCCCCAGCCAGUGGCCGAGCCAGGCCUCACCCCACACUCGCUCCCUUUCCCUGGAGCAC